ACAGACACACACACACACACACACACCUCCAGCCUCAGUGUGUUUUCCUGACCCAGUGACUGCCACAGACGGCGGAGCCUGCACGCUGACACGGCUGUCUGCACUGCGCUUUUUUAUCACAGCAGAGGAGCGAAAAUGAUUGAAACCCGACCUGGUUCUCUGGCUGUUUGAGGAAUAACCUUCCCCGCAGGAAGCUUCCAAUCCAGAGUUGCCGGAUCCUUUCUGUGCCAAGCUCAGAGAAGAGGAUUUAGAGUUUGCACUGCGCUGGCGCCGGCCCAACUUUUCCACCAGAGCUGCUCGGAAGUCACAGCGGAAUACAAAAAGAAGCCGCCUGUGUUUACUCGGACUCAUCACACUACCUCUUUCAUCCGCACCGCUGUUUCUUCUGUGUCCUGGCUACUCAUUAUUUGCCUCCCCGCUCCCCUCCCCAAGGGAACUUUUAUCCCUUUAACAGCACCCAUCAGCUCAUCUUGCCACCCACUUAGCCGUCUUAUAAUGAACUCCUCUGCGUCCAUUACGUCCCUAUUCUCCUUCACCAGCCCGGCAGUGAAGCGCCUGCUCGGCUGGAAACAAGGAGAUGAGGAGGAGAAGUGGGCGGAAAAGGCCGUGGACUCUCUGGUGAAGAAACUGAAGAAGAAGAAGGGGGCAAUGGAGGAGCUGGAGAGGGCGCUCAGCUGUCCGGGGCAGCCCAGUAAGUGCGUGACGAUUCCCCGCUCGCUGGACGGCAGGCUGCAGGUGUCUCACAGGAAGGGCCUGCCUCACGUCAUCUACUGCCGGGUGUGGCGCUGGCCCGACCUGCAGUCCCACCACGAGCUAAAGGCCCUCGAGUGCUGCGAGUUCCCCUUCGGGUCCAAGCAGAAGGACAUCUGCGUCAAUCCAUACCAUUACCGGCGCGUGGAGACUCCAGUGCUGCCGCCCGUUCUGGUCCCUCGGCACAGCGAGUUUAACCCUCAGCACAGCUUGCUGGCGAAGUUCAGGAACGCCUCGCUGCACAACGAGCCUCUGAUGCCCCAGAAUGCCACCUACCCCGACUCCUUCCCCCCGCUGCCCUGCUCCUCCUUCUCCUCCUCAUCCUCCUCAUCUCUCGCCCAGUCUCCCACCUCGCAGAGUUACCCAAACUCCCCCAACAGCUCGGCAGACCCUGGCAGUCCAUAUCACAUCACAGCUGAGACUCCCCCGCCUCCGUACAGCGUGAUGGAGACCAACCCUCCAGAGGAUGUGAAGCCAAGCAACUCCACAGAAACCACAAAACUCACAUUCUCUGUUCCAAACAGAGACCUGAGGCCCGUGUGUUACGAGGAGCCCGAGUACUGGUGCUCCAUAGCUUACUACGAGCUCAACAACCGUGUGGGGGAGACGUUUCACGCCUCCUCCCGAAGCGUCUUGGUGGACGGCUUCACAGACCCGUCCAACAACAAGAACCGCUUCUGCCUCGGCCUGCUCUCCAACGUCAACCGCAACUCCACCAUCGAGCACACGCGCCGGCACAUCGGCAAAGGGCUACACCUGUACUACGUCGGCGGCGAGGUGUACGCCGAGUGCCUGAGCGACAGCAGCAUCUUCGUCCAGAGCCGUAACUGUAACUUCCAGCACGGCUUCCACGCCACCACCGUCUGCAAGAUCCCGAGCGGCUGCAGCCUCAAGAUCUUCAACAACCAGCUGUUUGCGCAGCUCCUCGCCCAGUCUGUUAACCACGGCUUCGAGGUCGUGUACGAGCUCACAAAGAUGUGUACCAUCCGCAUGAGCUUCGUCAAGGGCUGGGGCGCCGAAUACCACCGGCAGGACGUGACCAGCACCCCCUGCUGGAUCGAGGUGCAUCUGCACGGGCCCCUGCAGUGGCUGGACAAGGUGUUAACGCAGAUGGGCUCCCCGCACAACCCCAUCUCCUCGGUGUCCUAACGGGAGCGCACGCGCACACACACACUUUGCACUGUGUGUGUGUGUGUGUGCGCGCUGGCUCCCCCCACACAGGUAGUCGUAGAUCCUGUACGUUUUUGAUAUAUGCACUACUUCUGUCCCUCCCAGAGGCAAUCACAGGUCCAUCUUAAAAGAUUGAAUAUCAUUGAAAACUUCAUCAAAUAAAGACAGUUUUAAAGUUUUAGCUCGGUUCAAGAAAAUCUUUUGAAUGUAUAAUGUAUACAUGUAUUUAAAAAUAAGCUUAAAAUACUUCAUGCAAAAUAAGUCUGAAAUAUAUGUAAGUGUCGUGGUUAGCGCUCUCAAACUUUCCAUCUCUAGUUUGAGGCGAGCUUGGGGCAUUUCUUACUGGAGCUUGUACUUAUUGUGUGUGUGUGUAUGUGUGGGUUUGUUUCCUGGUACUAGUUUCCUUGAACAGUCUAAAAACAUGCAUUUGAGGUCAGCUGUUGUAAAAUGUCCUGUGUGUGUGUGAGCGCUUGUGAUUGUGCCUCUCUCUGUGUUUGGCCUGCGAUGGACUGAUGAUCUGCCCCAGCAACUCCAAACUGGAUGAAGCGGUGCAGAAGAUGAAGUGAUUUAGGUUUCAUUUUGAUUAAAUGAUGGGAAAAUCAAAACUUUUAUAUGUUAAUUUUUUUUUAGAUGCGCCUGGAGAAGACAGAAGUAGGAUUGCAUUUCAUUUAUCUUCAUUUACAAGCUCAUGUAGUUCAACAGUCAAGUGUAACAAAGCAUUUAUCCUACUCCAUUUCCAUUGGACACAUUAAAUGCACAAUACAAGAAAAAAAUGGGAUAUAUUUGUAGGUACUCAAAGAAUUGUGUUUAAAUGUUAUCAUCGUAGUAUGUAUUGUAUUUCCAUGUGUUGACCAAUGUUUGAAUUCUUGUAUUGGUUGAUUUUUACCGGUUGCAUUAAAGUUUUUCUUUAUCAAUCUGA